AUGCAUGAUCUACCUUGGGCCCUCAUGGGCGAUUUUAAUGAAGUUCUAUCUGCUGAUGAGAAGUAUGAGGGGAAUCCUAUUUGCCAAAGAAGGGUUAGAGCUAUUAAGGAAUGUAUGGAUGAUUGCAGUAUGAUGGAUCUUGGGUUACAGGUCCAAAGUAUAUUUGGACAAAUAAGAGGGAGUUGGCUGACUGAGGAGUAUAAUUUAAUUCUCCAAAUUGAAGAAGAGCUGUGGGCUAUGAAAUCCAGAACUAAUUGGAUUAUUUCAGGGGAGAGAAACACAUCUUAUUUUCAUAUCUUUGUGCUUAAUAGGAGAAGUAAGAAUAGAAUCACAUGUGUUCAAAAUAAUGAGGGCGAAUGGUGUCACAGUUUAGAGGAAGUUAAAGAGAUUUUUAACUCAAGUUUCAAGAAGCUGUAUAAGUCAGAGCAAGUUUUUUGUCCUGUUACCCCUCAAUGGAGUUCGGAUUGGUGUGCUAAGCUUAGUCAAGAGGAAGCUGGUAGCAUGACCAAUAUUCCAUCGGAUGGGGAAAUUUGGAAUGCUCUCAAAUCAAUGAAGCCUUACAAAGCUCCAGGUGUUGAUGGGCUACAUGCUGGAUUUUUCCAAAGAUUUUGGCUAGUGGUGGGUGAUUCGGUGAAGAGGGAGAUCAAGGAGGUGUUUCUAAGGCAAAAGGUUCCUGAGUUUCUUAAUCAAACCCUUGUUGCCCUAAUCCCUAAGCAACCCGGUCCUGAAACUGUCAGUCAGUAUAGACCCAUAAGUUUAUGCAACACGAUCUACAAGAUUAUUUCAAAAAUCAUUGUUUUGAGGCUACGCCCUUUGUUGCCAUCUUUAAUUUCCCCAAUGCAGGCAGCUUUCCUUGAAGGGAGAAGGGGCACAGAUAAUGUCAUAAUUGCCCAAGAAUUAAUUUACUCCUUUAGGAAAAGGAAGGGGAGGACGGGGUCUAUGGUUAUAAAAAUUGACCUUGAAAAGGCAUACGAUCGCUUAGAGUGGUCAUUUAUCAAAAUGGUGCUUGAGCAUUUUGGGUUUCCGGAGUAUGAUAAAGUUGAUCAUGAGCUGUGUGUCUACUACUACCACAACUCUAUUGUUCAAUGGAAGAGGAGGAGAGGCAUUUGUAGAAGGUUGGGGAUUGCCGAAACCAACAACUUAGGUAAAUACCUUGGUUUUUCCAUCAUUCACCAAGGUAGAGUGGGUAAUGCGUAUAACUUUGUGGUUAAUAAAAUACAAAGUAAGCUGGCUGGUUGGAGAUCAAAAUUAUUGUCGAAGGUUGGUAGAUUGGUGCUUGUUAAAGCUGCUGCGGCUCCUAUAGCAGAGUAUUAUAUGCAAUGCCAAUCUCCUCCUGCUAAGGUUUGUGAUCAAGUAGAUAAGCUAAUAAGGGAUUUUUUAUGGGGUUCAAUUGAAGAAAAAAGGAGGUUGCAUUUGGUUAGAUGGGACAAGGUGAUACUUCCUAAAGAGCUUGGUGGUUUGGGGUUGCAUAAGAUGAAGGACAGAAAUAAUGCUUUGUUAGCUAAGCUUUGUUGGAGGCUAGCUUGUGAAAAGGAGGCUCCUUGGGCAAAAAUGCUUAAUGGAGAGACAGUGAAGGUUUGGGCUGAUUUUUGGCUUCCAAUGGGCGCUUUGAGAUCUCUUAUUGAAGGGCCUUUGAACCGUGAUGAAGAUUCUAUUACUGUGAAUGUGCCUACCAGGGAAGUUUUGGGUUCAAGGGGUUUAAGUCUUGAUCCCAUAUGCAGUUCAUGUCAUCAAAGUAUUGAAACAAUUGACCAUCUUUUAAGGGGCUGUGAGUAUGCUCGGGAUUUUUGGCAGCAACUUCAAUUCCCGAAUUGUAUGAGGGAUACCUUCAACUUACUGAUUAGUGAAUGGCUUGAAGCCAGUUGUAAAUCUGAUAUCAAAUCCAGAUGGAUGGGCAUUCCUAGGAAGAUUUUGUUUCCCAUGGGAGUGUGGAAUUUAUGGUUGCAUAGAAAUAAUUUUAUUUUUAGGACAGGCAAGGUGGAUCGGUCAUGCUUCAAGAAAAGCAUUAAAGAUAGUGCUGAAUUUUUCUCUGUUGGGUUGAAUGCUAAGCUGCCUAAAGCUAAAUCUGUUAUUGCAGUGGGCUGGGAGAAGCCUCCAAUGGGAUGGGCGAAGCUUAAUUCAGAUGGGUCUGCUCUUGGUAAUACUGGACGUGCAGGUGGAGCCGGUGUUAUCAGGGACCAUGAUGGGCAUUGGUUGAAAGGCUAUGCAAGGUCUCUUGGGUGCACUAACAGUUGUAUGGCAGAGCUGUGGGCCCUAAGGGAUGGCCUUUUAAUAGCUAAGGAGAUGGGGAUAAAUAAUCUGAUCAUUGAGUUGGAUGCCUUAAGUGUUGUUUUGUUUAUGAACAAUAAUAUUGCCAACUUGUUAAUGGAGCCAUUGCUUACUGAUUGCAGGAACCUGGUGAGAGAGAUUCCCAACAAGCAGAUAGUUCACAUCUAUAGGGAGGCCAAUCAAUGUGCUGAUGCGUUGGCCAAGCUUGGUGCUAGUAGCUUAGACUCUUUUGUUAUCUUUUUGUAUCCACCGCCUGUGGUGGAAAAUAUUUUAGUUGCUGAUAUAGCUUGUUUAUGUUGUAAUAGACUUAUUAUUUCCUAA